AUGGCUCUGCGAAGGUCCAACACACAACCACCGUCAACCACAGCUACCGCAGCAGAUCUGUCGACAGCAGGCUCGCACGGAGGCCCAUCAGGGGGUAGUGGAUCGAGGGUAGGAGGGGGUCCUGAUGUUGGGAUGUUCAGCGCCGGGAGGCCUGGAAGCAAGACGGACCACCGGGUUAAGAAAUCUGGAAACGACCUGGGUGGAGAGCCGUGGAACUUGGUGGACAAACUGGGGGAGUUUCUGUCGAGGAUGCUGCAGGUGGAUGACGAGACCAGCUCGCGAUCUGGGUGGUCGAAGGCGAUUCACGUCGAUGGUCCAACAAGGAUGUUGGAAAGCGGUGAAAGGAAGUGA